GCUGCGCGCAGAGUCUCAAUGAAAUUUCCUGUGUGUGCCAGCCCUGCCGGCGCUGCGGGGCUGCUCAGAGCGGGCGGCUCCGCGGAGCCGAGCGAUCCCCGGCCCCAGCCGCGAUGGAGUCGGCAGCCCCCAGGCUCGGGCUGCUGCUCGUCGCCCUCUGCCUGCUCGCUUCCCACGGAGGACCAGCAGCUUUUCUCAUUACCACCCCAUAUUCACUGUGCAUCUGCCCUGAGGGCCAGAAUGUCACCCUGACCUGCCGGAUCAGUGGUCCCCUUGCUGACCGCCAUGACCUGCUCUACAAAACCUGGUACUUCAGCGGCAACGGUGACCAGAGCUGUUCUGAGAAGAAGCACAUCCGCAACGUCACUGAGAAGGAGCUACACCAUGACCUGGGCAGGCACCAUGAGCUGCCAGGCAAUGGCACCCAAAAAUCCCCUGCUGGGGGGCAAGCCAGCCAUCAUGGGGUGGAGUUUGUCCCAGACCACCAUGGUGCCUUUCACAUUGUGGUGAUGAACCUGACGCUGCAGGACAGUGGGAAUUACUGCUGCUACGCUGUGGAGGCCAGGCGGGAGCACGGCAAACCCCACACCCUGCAGGUUGCUCACGGCUUUGUGGAGCUGCAGAUCCAGCAAGGCAGAGGAGGGCUUCAAAACUGCACGUUUCAUACUGCCACCAGCAAAGACAUCACAGCCGCUGCACUGGCAACAGGCGCCUGCAUCGUGGGCAUCCUCUGCCUGCCCCUCAUCUUGCUCCUGAUUUACAAGCAGAGACAAGCUGUCAGCAACAGACGUGCUCACGAGCUUGUCAGGAUGGAGAGCAAUGCCCAGGGCAUUGAGAACCCUGUCUUUGAGGCGGUCCCCUCAGCCAGCAUGGAGCCACGGCCUCGACCCCAGCUCUCCUACAUGGCCAGCCGGCAGCCCUCCGAGUCUGGCCGGCACCUGCUCUCCGAGCCCGGCACCCCCCUGUCUCCCCCUGGCCCUGGGGACUGCUUCUUCCCAUCGCUGGAUCCUGUUCCUGACUCACCAAAUUCCUUGAAAGAGUAAAGACCCCGGAGGAAACCACAUCCCCCAGUCGCAGCUGGGAGAGGCCCAGCAGCCACUGCGCCAUGCCCCCAGCUGGGACCCUGCGGAGGGCAGCAUGGCCAUGGGCAGCAAAGCCUUACACAGUGAAGCUGGGAGCAGGAGCCCAGACCUCACCUCCUGUCCUGGCUCUGCCCUGGGGCUGGAAGUGAACCUCUCUUGCCUGGAUUUCAGUUUUUAACUACUUCUAUGGAGAAGAGCAUGGCUUUGUACUGCUCACGUUUUACAGACUAGCUGAUAACUGGGGAUGUGGGGAAGGAAGGAUGACCUGCACCCACAAACCUCCACAAGGA